CUCUUUAAAAAAAAACCUAAAUCAUCUCUCUCUAAUUCUCUCUCUAAUUCUUCAUCGGAGAUUAGGCAUUUGGAGAAGAUCGUCGGAGAAGAAGCGGAGGCUGCAAAGCACAACCGUUGCAGGUCAAUUCGAUUUCUGUCCACCGAUUAAUUGGGGUAGUGGUUUUUGAGCAGCGUAAAAGCAAUCACAAAUCCUUUAAUGACUAUAAACCUCAGCAUUCGGUUUGCCUUGCUUGAAGGUUGAAAGCGAGGGAGAUAUUUGUGCUCUUCCACUUUGUCCAUUCGCAAAGUCUUUGAUAUCAUCGACAUUCAGAAACAAAGAGCUGAAACUUCGACUUUAUCCAAUUCUGUUGUCAUUUCGGAACGCCUUCUUCUCCAUUUCUCGUCAGAAAUGCCCCGAGGAGCAUCUAUUAGACGGCGCUUAAAUGAUUCUUCACUCUCAGGGGAUCAUCCACCACUCUCGGGUGAUCAUCCACCACUCUCGGGUGAUCAUCCACCACUCUCAGAAAUGGCUCAAGGAGCAUCUAGUGGACGCUCCAAUGAUCCUUCACUCUCCAAUGAUCCUUCACUCUCCGGUGAUCAUCCACCACUGGAUAAUGAGGAAGGAGAAUCGGCAACACAUCAUAUAGAAGGGCAUGAUACAACAAGUAACUCCCUGAACGAGUCAGCCGAAGAAGAGCCUACAGAGCCUACACAUGAUGCACGCGGCCGCCCAUUCAUACAUCUUAGGGGGAAAUACUUGGAACCUUCCGGCGUCGUGGCAAGCAUAUGCACUUACAAUUUCAAGCAGAUUGUUGACCCGGUUGGAUACAGCCAAAAAACUCUAACCGAGGAAUACAUUAACUUGUAUUGGGCUGAAUUUAAGAAAUUUGCUAAUUGUGAGGCAUAUGAUCAAGACGAGUGUAAGAAGGCUUUUGUUAGCAAGUGUAAACUCAGAUACGGAGAUUUUAUUAGCUAUUAUAAAAAGAAGACAAAGAAACCUUCUUUUUACACGGAUGCCCAAUGGGCGAAUUACCAGAAAGGCUGGAAUUUACCCGAGAGUAUUGCAGCUUCUGAGAGGUGCUCUGAAAACCGUAGACAAGGGCUUGAGACCGCGCUUGGCACACAUUGUAAUGGAUGUACAUCAUUUGCCGAGACAGCAGCAAAAAUGGCUAAAGAGAACAAUGGAAAGCUUCCUCCAUUUAUGGAUUUCUUUCUACAGACCCACAAGCUAAGGAAUGGAAAAAACGGUGAUUCACAAGGCAACUUGUGUUCGCAACGUGCUCAACAAAUUGUAGAUGACGUUAUGGCACGGGUUGAAGAACUACGGGAUGAAGGAAUAGAGAACCCGGAUCAUGAAGCCAUCUUCUUGGAGCUUUUUGGGAAGGUGAAGAAAAGAAAACAAAUCUCUGGCGCGGGGCAAGCCACAAGCAUAUUCUUCCCAUUGGCUACUUACUCAUCCGUGGGUUCUAACCGCGUCAAUGCUAGCCAGAUCGAUGAAAUAGUCGAGCAACGCGUUAAAGAACAUCGUGAUCAAAUGAAGCUACAAAUUGAAAUGGUGCAAGCCGAUUCAGAUCGGAAAAUUGCACUAGUGCGUGAGGAAGCGGCUACGAGGGAGCAACAAAUGCGAGAGGAAGCGGCUAAAAUGCGAGAGGAAGCGGCUACGAGGGAGCAACAAAUGGAAGAACGAAUGAUGCGCCUUUUAAAUGAAAAAUUGGGACAAUUGAAAAAUGUGUAGU